UAGACAAUACUUAUCAUCUAAACUUAACCUGAGUAACCUGACCACCUAUUCUUGUGGCAAUAUGCAAUAAUUGUAACAGUUAAGUGUAAAAUAGUAAGAAACAUACUUGAAACUAUAAAAAUAAGUACGAUGUGUCUGAAGUUCGUAGUUGUUGGACUUCUAUUUUUGUGUGGUACCACUAGUUUGGGAAUCCAAGUAGUGGAUAUGAAUCAUGAAUCAUCCAAUGUUAAAUCACAUACUCCAGAUCCUCCUCCUAAAAAUGAGACAGCUCGAAUGGCUCGUUACAUUGUACAUUAUUCUGAUUGGUGUGCGUUGGCUCACAUUUCUCAUCACUCCAACACCUCAGGUUUUCCCGUGGCAAGGGUUUAUUCCACCGCAGAUGGAUUCUACGACACGACUACAGGCAUGCCUUACUUUUAUGUCAGCAAGAUGGAUGCUCACAUCAAUGACUUAGAUACGGAUAGCAAGUGUUCGGUGACCAUGUCUCUAGCUGAGGGGAAUUAUUGUCGCAAGGAAAGUCUUGACCCUGAAGAUCCUCGCUGUGCUCAAGUUAUUCUCACUGGCAAGUUUAUCUUUCUCGAUCCUAGCAGUAAAGAGUGGCAAUUAGCCAAAGCCUACCUUUUUCAACGUCACCCAGUCAUGAGCUCUUGGCCAGAAGAACACCACUGGCAAGUUGGGAAAUUGAAGAUUGGCCAAAUCCAAGUAGCAGACAACUUUGGGGGUAGCGCCUACCCGUCCGUCAAGGACUACUUUGAUGCUCUACCAUAACUCAGUAAAAAUAUUGAAUUAGGUUUUAUAUUCAAUAGUAUAUUAUUCUCACAGUGUGAUCAUAGUACUUAAAAACAUUAUGGUUAUGGAAAAUUGGCGCUCCCGCCAAGGUAAACUUCAUUCUGUAAUUUGAUUUUUUUGUGGUCUCAGUUAGCAACCGCUGUAUAAAACCAAUAAUAUUUCAUUUAUUUGAAUUUAGCUGUAUUAGAAGUAUUUGGAUGUAGAAAAUGUGCUUAAGAGGGUUCGCAGGAGGUAUUAAAUGUUUGUACGAUCAUUUUCAUGGCGUAGGCUGAUAACUGUUGUUAAUUUGACCAAGGUAGGGCAAUUUUGCGUCAGAAUAAUUUUGUGACUGGACAAGAAAGAUUAUCCAACUAAUAAGGACUUUUUAAUUGUACGAUCUGCAAGCAAAGUUCCUCCAAUUCAAUCUCUGUCACGAUGGAAUCUGAUGAACACCCGCUGCUGACAGAUAUGUACCAAAUUCUCACGCUUUUAUUGAUACCAUAACCAGAGUAAUUGUCUGGGGUUGGAACCAGGUAGAAUAGUAGUUGAUUAACACGCUCGCUGCAGAGCGCUAGAUACCGGGACGGCGCCAGGAGUGAACUGGUGCUCGCUGCUGCGUAACAUUGCCGCUGAUACACUAAAUUACAGUAAAAACAAAAGUAGUAAUACUGGAUAGCAAUGUUCUGCAAUAAAACUGGCUUUGGACAUAGUACCAAGCGAUUCUGAUAAAUAGCAUACUACCCAGGUUGCAGUCGGUAAAGUAGUGUCGCUAUCUUUCUUGAUAGCAAGAUAAAUUGCUAUCCAUUCAAUUAAAAAAAAAAAUCAAUUUAAUAAUCCAUUCAGGAAAGAGGUGGGACAAAGACCUGUUCUAUACGUCCCUGGUGGUGAUUUUGGGAAACUAUAUUUUUUACUGUCAGAAAAGUACGUCCCCACGAGCUGCAAAGAAAUAUAGGACGCUCGUGACCCCACUGAAGUCCGUAGCAGCGAACGUGUUAUUGAACACGGCUUUGGUCUCAGAUUUAAAGUUGCUCGCUGCAAACUUUAAAUUACAGACAGCUCUUCUAUAUUUUUAUACAUAUCAGUUCAAGCCUACAUUUUACAUGAUUUGUGAUACUUUUAAAAAUCUGACUAUAAAUUUGAACAGAUUUAUUUUAUUUUUUUAAGUAAGUUGAGAUCUAGCCUACAUGAAAUAUGUUGUGGAAUUUUUGGUAGUUAUAAGGCCAAAUAAACAAAGUGUAUUACAUUAAUUAAGUAAACAGCUAUUGUUAAAGGUUGACUUUGAUUUAAAUGAUAAACCAACACUAGUUGUACAGUAAGCGCAAGCAGUCUGGGCGCGCGGUUCUGUCUCUACUAGCCGUCCUGUGUACAGGUAACCCAUUCCCUCCACCUUGCCUAGCCAUGAAGACAGCUGAACAACCCCAGAGCCAUGUGGGCCAGAUGGUUUUGGAAAUGAGCAAUAAACACUCCCCCCUACCCCCCGGGCCCUAGCGUGGCUGCGCGCCCAGACUUAAUGUGACUUCUGUAGUUUAUUGCUAAUUGUGAAUUAUAUACAUCUCCUGAGCUACCAAAAAAUCUAACAGUUCACUACAGCCUUAUAUAUUGCAGAGUCCUUUUGUAGCCUACUAUAUUUAUUUAAGUUGUUAUAUGUACAAUUACAAAACAUAGCCAUCCUUGGUUACUGAAUCUGCAUGGGAUAUAGAGUGAAAGAAGUACUGUAGUGCAAUUAUUUAUGUUACUUUGUUAAGAUUGUAUUGUGUUAUAGAUUAUGGGUUGUAGUAUUGCUUCGUUCGGGUAUUUGUUUACAAUACAUAAGUGUUUUGAAUCAGGUUGUCUAAUUUAAAUUUUCCAUCCAUGACAUGCAAUUUUGGAUUGUAAAAAAAAUUAUUCACUAAAACAUGAAAGUACAGUACCUAAUAAAAACAUACAUUAUAACCAAAUUUCUUAUUGUUGCCAAAUUUGUAAAUUUCAUCCAGAAGAGCUUUCUUUGGCUCCUUCAGUUGUGUAUUGUUUUAUGUUCACAUGCUGUAAAUUGUUUGUUUUAUUAGAUCGAAAAGGAUUCUUCAUUUUAUAAUAGUUACCAUGACCUGAUCGAAUAUGUUAAGACUGAAUAUAUUUUAUAUUUAUUA